AUGGCCACUUUCACUGAUGUCAACAAAUGUCAGUCAGACCGAGAUAAUUUUGAAUUAACAAAUUUAAGUACGACCCUUGUAGACUUACCUUCAGAAAUCAUUCAAUUUAUACUUCGCAGUAACGAAUUAUCAAUACGUGACGUAUGCCAAGUUUCUUGCGCGUGCAGAAAACUGCAGGAGAGUUGUUACUCGUACAGCAAUGAUUUGUGGAAAGCAAAAGUAGCACAAAGAUGGCCACGUUUGUUGGACCGAUACAAUCAAAACAAGUCACAUUGUUGGAUGGAUGUUUGUAAAGCACGUAAUAAAGUUAGCAGUGAGGUUGAAAAACAUCUUACACAGUUGAUUAAAGAAUAUCAACUUGUUGAAGAAAUUGCAAAAGAAAAGUUUUAUCCAAUUACACGAAUGAUUGAUGAAGAUGGAAUACCAGGAGACUUUAUUGUUGAUGAACUCUUAAAUAUUGUUCAUGACGGAAAAAGACAUUGUAAUUUAACAAUGAAAUAUUACUCGGUAAAGAUUUUACGCCACAUUCAGCAGCUACAUUUAUCACAACGAUGGAGAGAAUUUUUAGAGUUACCUCCUCAACAACAUAGUUUAGAAACAGGUGCCAGUCUUAUUGCUCAGUGGUGUCAACCUACAGAAAUAGUUACAGAAAACACAAUAUCACAGCAAAUAGAUCAGAUUGUCAAACUGGUUAAACAAGAACUUAAAGACAGAUGUGAAGAUCAUCCAGCCAUAAAUUAUGUACUAGAUGAUAGUGAAUUAGUAAGGAAUGAAUGGAGUCCUGAACAGAGUAGAAUCAUUCUGGAAGCCAUAAACCAUGUUCUCUUCGAAAAAUUACAGUAUCGGGGAAAUAUGUCUGAAUACUAUGAUCCAUGUAAUUCAUAUAUCAACAAGAUUUUAGAACGGAAAAAGGGAAUACCAAUCACAUUAUGUAUAAUAUAUAACUGUGUUGCUAAAAGACUGGGUGUAUUAUGUCAACCUGUUAACUUUCCUUCUCAUUUUCUCCUAAGAUGGGAAGAACAUCCAUUGGCCUCACCAGUACAGAGGUACACAUAUAUAGAUGCCUUUCAUGGUGGUCAGUUUUAUACAAGUAGUGAAUGUUGUCAAGCUUUAGGUUUACCAGAAUCUAUAGCACAGAAUAGAGAAAUAUAUGAAGCUAUAGAACACAGAAAGGUUUUUGAACGAAUGGCAAGAAAUCUUGUUGGAAUAGGUCGGCAUCAGAAUCAAAUGGGAGAUGGACUGUUGUGUUUGCGUAAUUCUUUAGAGUUAUUUCUCUUGAUUUGUCCUGAUGAUUUGGAAAUGCGAUUACUUCAAGUGCGAAUAAAUCUGCAUUUAAAGAUUAACUUACCUGAGGUUAUAGAUAGUCUACAGAGAGUAGCGGAUCUAGAUAAUAGUAGAUUAGGUAUUGUAGCUUAUUUACAACAAGAGGCACAGAGUAUGAUGCAAGAAGUAAAAGAAGAAAAUGAAGUACAAAAGAAGGUACAGGUUAAACGAAGGAAAGACAAUCCAGAAGUGAAAUUUUCUACAGGAAUGAUCAUGAAGCAUAAAAAGUAUCAUUAUAUGUGUGUAAUAUAUGGAUGGGAUUCAACAUGUCAAGCUACAGAUGAAUGGAUAAUACAGAUGGGUGUAAAUAGACUUCCACGUGAUCAGUAUCAACCAUUUUAUAAUGUACUAGUUCAAGAUGGCAGCAAUAGAUAUGCAGCUCAGGAAAAUCUUUUAUAUCAUGAUGAAACAAUAGAAAUAAAUCAUCCAGAAAUAGGGAGGUAUUUUGACGAGUAUUGUGGUAGCCAUUAUAGAAUUAAUAGUACCAAGAUGGAAGAAUAUCCUGAUGAUCUACAAGUAACCUUAAAACUCAUUAAUCCAGAAUUACGUCGGUAAUCAAAAUUGACGAUAACAGCAGCUUUAUAAAUCAGGUGUAAUAAUUCCAUGUAAUUAGAACGUACGUCAAUGUGGUACAUGUAAUACUGCAAGUAUUAACAAAAAACUUGGAGGUGAGAGAAAAAACAGGCUGUUGAUUUUCUUUGAUGAUUAUUUAAUUUGUUGAAUUAAAACCACCAUUUGACCAGAACAGUGAUUAUACGUACAGCUGACCUGCAAGAGAUAAAACUGUCUGCAAGAGAUUAUAGUUACUACAUGCUAAUAUUGUGUGCCUAAAAUCUUGUUCUGACCGAUAUCUAAACAGUGGCCAGUUAAUUGUUCCAGUAAUGAGCCUUCUUUCAUUUUAACACUGUAAAAAUUGGCAUGACCAUGGGCGCCUUUGUGUCAGUCUGAACACUACGCUAUAAUAACAUAACUAUAUGGGGUACUUUUAACUGUUUAAAAAUACCUAUAAAAGGGUAAAAUAAUAAUAAAAAUGUACAUUUAUGAUUGCGCUCACUGCAUCCAUAUUGCAUGCUUUAAGUGCAUGGAAGAUAAUAGCUAAUCCUGAUAAGUAACAAACAAAUGAGUUUGGAUUUCAACACAGCUAAUGUUUGAGAACUCUGUAACUCCAAUAGUAAGUUAUUCCACAGACGCGAUCUACAUAUACUGAAGGCUUUAUCCCCAUAGGAUUUCAGUUUAGCUUGCAGUACAACCAAAUGAGGGCAUAUUUUGUAAACGAAGUGGUUGAUUUGAUAUGAUUGAAUGAGACCCAUGAGGUAAGAUGGAGAAAGAUUGUGUUGACACAUAUAAACCAAUGUUAAAAUCUUUAAAGUUACCCGUGCUUCUAUAGGUAACCAAUGUAGUGAUUUUAAGAUGGGAGUCAUGUGAGAGUACUUUUGUGUUCUUGUUAUUAUUCUGGCGGUUGUGUUUUGAUACACAUCAAUUUUGAAAACUUAUUAUGGUUCAAGUUUCUAAGUGUCAUUUGAGGAUAUAGGAAUCUCUUGCAAAUAACAAUAUGUAAAUGUUGAAUCUCUAAUAUACUAAACAGCGAAAAAAAAACAUCAGUAUGAUUUCAAAAUCAGAGAGGCACUUUAAUCAAAUCAUUCCAGAACCGACUUACUAAAUGGAUCAAAGCAAUUUUUUGUAAACAGUAUGUUGACACAUUAGUGAUUAAUUCAUCACAAUUCCAAGACAUUACAUGUACGAGAAGGUUUAGAGUCUGUACACAGUCUAUACAUCAGUAUCUGGUGUGUCAAUAACAGCAGCACAGCGUCUGUACAUGGAGUGGACAAGACGAUUGAUGAACGCCAUUGGCAGCUGGAGCCACACUCUCAGAAAAGCCUGGCGCACUCCAUCGGCUGUGUUUGGUCCCGGUACGACGUUAUUAAGUCUUCUCUGAUUUUCAUUCCAAAGAUGUUCAAUCAGGUUUAAGUCCGGACUAAGGGCUGGCCAGUGCAUAACGUUGACACCGUUCUGCUGUUGAAAGUCCUGAGUAGCUCUGGCGGUGUGGGCACAGACGUUGCCAUGCUGGAAACGUUUCGAUGACGUGCGAAAUGUGGUAUGACGUGGGGUCUAAGAGCUUGAUCGAUAUAGCGCACUGCUGUGAUGAUGCCUCCUCUCCCUGGACCAAUAUUUUGGAAUACCACAGGACCCACUCUCUGGUUCAGGCCGAUUCCACCCCAAACCAUUAAGCUAGGACCUCCCUGAGAGUCUCGUUCAGUGACACAUUGGUCAGAAUAAUGCUGGUCACGUCGUCGCCAUAUUCUGGUCCUGCCAUCUGCAGUUGAUACGCAAUAAGGACUCUGAUCUGUGAACAGAACAGUUCUCCAUUGCCUCUGUCACCAGUUCUGGUGUUGUUGGGCAAACUGUAGAUGUUCACUUCGAUGGUGAGGGGUGAGGAUCGGUCCACUGUAAGGUCUACGAUAAUGGAUGUUUGCUCUGGUGAGAUGUCCGCGCACUGUAUCGGUACUGAUGGGUCUUCCGUGUGUUCCCACUGUCUAACGUGCUCUCUCAGAUGCCUGUGUGAAGGGAUUCUGCACAUGCUGUCGCACAACAUGGCGGUCUUGUCGCCUUGUGGUAACCCUUGGUCUACCAGUUCGUAGGCAAUCAUCCGUGGUGUUGGUAAGCCUGUAGAUGGUCCAAACAUUGACCUGGAAGUGUUUGGCAACGGCUUGGGCAGUGUGGCCAGCUUUCGAAGCGCCUGGUUCCUCUGAGCUGUCGUGAGUCGUGGCAUGCUGCUGACAUAGUGUGAAUAAUACAACCAGGUAUGAGUGUGCAUUUUAUAGGGCUGGUCCCAGUGAACAGCACGUGCAGCAUCUCAGAAGUCGGGUUGUGUUUUUGAGAACAUUUCCUGGGUUCAAUUCUGUGUUUGGGAAGGAGCCUUAUUGCUCAGGUAAAGUUGGAGAUGUGGUCACAAAUAUAUAAUAAAAACAUAAUUUGGCAAGAUUUGUGCAAUGCGUCUAUUCAGAGUAACAUACCAACCGGACGUUUCUUUUGCUGCUUAGUAUAAAAGGAAUAUUACUAUUAUUAGUCUAAUAAUGGUUAAAUAAUCAAUAUGUUAGAUUAAGCCAUAUAUUUUUUCAAAAAAUAUUGGGUACACUAUUCAUCUAGCCAUUAUUUGAUUUUCAUUUUCUUAGUAUAUUAAUUAGAGAGAUUUUGUCUAGUGUGAAUAUUAAAUGGUUUGUUAAAGACACAUUAGUUAAGAGCUAAAUCUGCCUAUUGCAAGUCUAAAUGCUUCAGAUGUUAUAGAAAUUAUUAAUUAGACCUUUCUUUACACGACAAAGCACAAAAUCAACUCUGUAGACCCUCAAAUGGCCUACAGUCGUCCAUUUAAUAAUCAAAUCAAUAAAUGGCUGACCAAGCUAACAUUUGCCGUUAGUCACUUGCGCCACUACCGGAGAAAGGCCUGCCAAUCCAGGCCCAAGGGUACCGCAGCCAUUGAGAAUGUUACUUGAUAAUCGAGAAUAGUUAUCGUAACCGUAUCAAUCUAUCGGCAAUUCUACGAGACAGUUCAUAUGCCUAUUUCUUGUCCAAACUUCCAACUUUGACAACUUGAUUCAGAAUAGAGUAAAUUUUCAAUAUUUCUUUUUUUUAUCAUCUAUAUUUGAAUUAUUAUAGCAAGAAUGGCCAACUCUUUAUUAAACUCUUAACUAAUGUAUUUUUAAGGUAUAAAAUAAAUAUGUAUACUAAUUUAAUUGCUAUAUAUUUUUGUAUGGGGAAAUAAUUCUAUAUCCAGAAUUGUUGUUUUAUUCAUUAGAUGAUUUUCCAUUAAAACCAACCUUUCAAUUUUCUGUGUCUUCCAUUUUAAACUGGGCAAAUCAUGAAAAGCUACUGUAGAAAAUAGCGGUAAUAUCUAGGCAGAAUUGCUUGGUGGUUUGGUUUGUUUUGUUCACAUCUUAAUGGAAAAGGUGGGGUUGGACAAUUAUUAUCAGGACUAUUUUCAUUUUGAUAAAAAUAUUUGUCAUGGUCUGACACUUGAUUAGUAUCAACUGAAGUGACUGGAUUUAAGGGUGUGGUCUUGGAUUAUAUAACUUCUAUUUGCCUUGCCAAUUACUAGUUAAAAUGACCAGCCGGAGAAUUACCCAUCAAUCAAUUUAUUUAUACCUUAAAAUUAGGUACCUAUUUGAGGAGUUUGAACUAAAAUAUAAAUAAAUUGGUAGUUUUAUGGGUAGAACAAGUAAAAAUUGGAUUACAUCAAAUGGACUAAAAAAUUAAUUGGCUGGAAACAUUUUGAAAUGAGGGUCCUCAUAUAUGACUAACAGAUUAGUUCACCGACUUUUGGGAGGUGGCAUUUUUGGACACUUCUCUUUUUUUUUUUUGUAAGCUCACAUGUCCACGGUUAUAUUCUUUGUUUUUUCAGCCAGUACAGUGGAGAAUAAUGCAUGGUUAUUUUUAUUUCACGAGUUAAUUUUGCAAUAAAAUUAAAGAACACAUUAUGAGGCAUUUCUAUUAUGUACAAUUUAUUCAAUAAAUUAUGUAAUUAAAUAUUUCAGAUACUCAUAAAUUAAAAUCCUUUAAAAAUCACAGGUUAUUGUGUAUAAUUUAAGAAAGGGAGUAGAAUUUAGAUAAAUAUUAUAUAAACUUUAAAUUACACAUCAACAGUGUGUUAAAUAGUCGUAAGAAAAAGCAGUUUUACCUAAUCACAGAUAUCAGGUUUAAAUUUACAAACCUUGUAUAUUUCAAAUGCAUGUGUAAACAUUAAAUAGUUCUGCAUUGGAUAAUAUUCUGUGUGUAUGGAUAUUUAUCACAGUUAUAAAUUACAACAAUAAAUCAUUCUGUUUUAGACAGCAGCUAAAAUUUUUGGAUUUAAGCAGUUAUUGAGAAACAAAAAGUUAUCUUUGUAAAAAUUAUAUAUUAAAAUAAUGCUUUAUGGUUUUGACAAGACAAAUUGACCAUAAAUUUAAAUGUCAUUUUAUAGCUUACAAAAUAUAUUUGUGAUGGAGAUUUAAACGUCCACACACCAUAUAAUAGUGAAUUAGGUGUUGAAUAAAAACAUUAAAAAUA